AUGUCGCAAACAACACCGAAUAUCGCCAGUAAUGUCAGGCUAGUUGGGGAUUCCAAUGAUAACUACCCUUUGGUUAUCUGCUUUCACGGCUCGGGGGACUCUUGCGCCUCUUGGGAGCCCUUGGCAGAUCUACUGAGUGCCUCAUAUCGGGUCCUCCUGUGGGAUCGACAUGAUCCUGAUGUUAGACCUCAAAUCGCAGUAUCGAAACUUUUGGAAUACCUAGAUACCGCCCAGCUAUCUCCCACCUUUGUGCUCAUCGCUCAUUCAUACGGCGGGACCUUCGCGAGGCUCUUUCUGGAGCAGAGACCACAGCAAGUCGCAGGGAUGGUUCUUGUCGAAACUGGCCAGGAGACUGCAAUAGACUCUCAGAUCGAACAACGACAAUACGACGAUCAGAUCUUGGGAAAUAAGCCGUUGGCAGUCAUACGGGGCAACACCCUUAUCGGCAAGUGGCAGGAGUAUAACAAAGAGGCUGUUGCUUGGGGCAACGUUUCUAAUCCGUCACUUCAAAUUCAAAAACAACUCCUUGACGCUGUAGAUAAGGAAGACGAAAGGCUGAAGAAAGCCCAAUUGCAACUCUCAAGAAACAACAAAUACGUACACAUUCCAGACUGUGGACAUGGGGUCAUUGGAGCAAGGCCAGAUGCAGUGAGGGAUGCGGUCUGCUGGGUUAUGGAACAUCUACAUACACCUGAGGGUGAGACGUCGAGAAAAGAGCCCCAGAAUACCAAAAUAGAUAAUGUCGAGACAGGUGCAAAAAGAGGAUUUGGAGCGCGAUUGAAGAAAGUCAAGAGUGUAUUAUCUAUGGAAAGUAUUUCCAAACGGUUUGGGAGGUGA